GGCCUGCUGCCUCAUAUCAUGUAUUCAACAACGGGCUUUACGAGCGCUAUGUUGUAUUUAUUAGGCGACGUUUCAUAGUUAUGCCGUAAACCCCGAAUUAUUCGUUUAUAGGGAAAUGUUUUGAUGACGCCGGGGAGAUGUACCUCGAUUCGACCGUAGGGGUGUAUUCACGGGUCCAGCUUCCAGAGUCGGCUUGUGUAUUAAAACGAAUGCAUUCCAUGACACACUUAUACGUGUUAAUUAUAGGAAAAAUGAGUACACAUUGUUCCCGUUUCACUAGGGCCAGAGCCGUCGAUAAUUAAACUAAUGACGACUGACUCCCUCCCCCACAUAGACCAGUGGGUCAUUCCGUUGAGAGGGGAGCGAGGUUCCUGUGUAUCCUCUGGAUUUGCCGUGACGCGCUGGAUGUUUGUGUGCUCACCGCGGCGAACGAGAACCGAGGGGUCCGCACACACAGAGGACAGCCGGCCGACACACACUCUUCAAGAUACAGCAAAAUGGAUGAAGAGGAGCAGUUUGUGAAUAUUGAUCUGAACGAUGACAAUAUCUGCAGUGUCUGCAAGAUAGAGACGGAGACGGGGACCAUGUCUUUCUGCCACGUCUGCUUUGAACUCAGCAUUGAAGGUGUUUCCUCUGCUACCUUGUUGCACUCAAAGUCCCUGCGCGGCCACAGAGACUGCUUCGAGAAAUGCCACCUCAUCGCCAACCAGAAGCUGUCACGUUCCAAGGUCUCCCGGAGUGCCUACGAGGGCAUGAGGCUGGCCGUCAGCCAGAAACUGAACCGCAUCAUCCAGUAUGCCCAGAACAAAGACUCUGUCUCCUCCAACGGCCCCAGCAGACGAGGGGCCAAGCUCCUUUGUUACAGCCAGCAGAGUGACUGCAAGCUGCUGCCCCAGUCGGACGCCCAGGUGCCCCGUUACACGCCGUGCUGGGACGCGGGUAAAGCCACGGGGCUGCCGGACUACACCAUGGGGAUGCUGGAGUGCCGCACGGUGGAGGAGCUGGGACUGUUGCAGGAGUCGCGAUCCGACGUUUGGUCCAGUGACGGCAGGAACGGCCUUCGCAGUCGGAAGCAAUUGUCGGGAGGAGGACAAACGCCGCACAGACACCCGGGCAGCAGCACGGAUGAACUGACUAAAAUGAGUGUGGACCAACUCCAUCAGCUGAACACCCAGCUACUGAUGCAGAUUCAAAAAGUGUUCGAGGAGCUGACUGUGGCCGUGCAGGAAAAAGACUCGUUGGCGUCCGAGCUACACGUGCGUCACAUCGCCAUCGAGCAGCUCUUUAAGAACUGCGCCAAGCUGCCUUGGCUGCACAUCAGCAGGGCCGGGGUCAAGGCCAGCAGCAGCAGCACCGGCCCUCUGGAGUGAGGCUUCUGUCUCCUCUGCUGGGAGGAAACUAAUAAACACUUCAAAGUCCUGGCUGCAGCAAGCUGGAGGGAAAACAAAGACUCCUUUGUGUACAUUGAGUGGCUUCUACGAGGGUGGAGGGGGAGGUUGGGUUUUCAGACCUGCCUUAGAGCAGCAUAAGGGCUGGGUUGACACGUCCCUCGCUGUUGCAGUGAUGAUGCAAGGAUUAUUGGCCUGGUCUGGCAUGUGACCUGAAUUCAACCCAUCUCAUGUAGCCAGGAUGCAUGUUAAUACCAGGUGGAACGAGGAAGCGGCGGUUUCCUGGCCCCGUUACACUGCAAGGUCAUCUUUUUAAAAUGGACCUUUAUACAGACCGGAAAAAAAAACCUAGUUUAUUUGCAGAACUUUACAAAAAUGAUUGGUUUUAUUUCCUUUGGUUUAGUUUGCUGUCAAACAUUUCAGUGUUUCAUUGUUUGGAUGCGGAUAUUCAAAUACUCCUUUUUAUAUGUUACCUGAUGGUUCUCUUUAGAAAGUGAUGAGUUACAGUAUUGUUUUUAUAACAUGGCUUGGUGCAGAACGCUCAAUGCGGAUUGGCUGAACGUUGCCCGUCAUAUUCAUACCUGCAGACUCUGCCAGGAGUGUUUGACUACUGUUCUAAUGUCAAGCCUUUUUCUUGCUGCUGCACACUAGCAAUACAAAGGUUGCCUUCAGACUGCCCUAGCAGGACUUGAUAGUUCUUGAAAACUGCUGAUCAGAUUUACCAGUCAAAUACAUUCUAACAUACAGAAGAAGGGAUUAAGUCUAAUCCGGGAAAGGAACGAGUGCAAGACAACACCCAAAAGUCCCCUCAAGCGUCUCCGCAACUAACAUCCAUCCCAAAUGUGAAGUCAACGGGGCCACACUGGCCGCACAGGUUUUCUCUUGUUUUCCUUUGUGACUAUUUUGGGAGUGUUCAUGAAAUAUGACUUUGUAACAGCUGGUUGGAAAGUUACACUGGUAAAGUGACAGGUAUUUAGUUUUUAAUUCAGCCUUUUGGUUUUAAAAGAAACUAAUUAUUGCUGGUGAGAUUUUCUUGAUAUUUAGCACAGAGCGGUAUCGCAUGGCUCCACUCUGAAUGGGGGGCUAUCGGAAGAAGAAUGGUUUAGUUAUUGAUAAAUAAAUCCAGCUGCCAAACCAAAGUCUGUAUUUAUUCCAUUUUAAAUGUGAAUUGCCACCACAGGACUUCCACUGGCGGGGGAAGAUGCAAUACCAAACUGAUUUUAAAUUUAUGUGGCUUCACCGUGUGUAAUAAUGAACCAUUGAUGGGGAAAGCAUUUGUUCUUGUGCUCCACGUGUUGUGUGUUUUACAAUGAGUUGGAUUCCUCUGCAGUGUUGACUUGUGUUGCCCUCUCUCCUGCGGCCAUGUCCCAGCAACACAUGGAGGUGCCUGGUGUUUGAACAAAACAUUAACAGUCGCUUGGGUUGAAGCUUGCCCCUUUGGUUCACCUAGUAUUCAGGAACCCUAUGCAAGGAAGAGAAGAAUGAAUCAGAAGCCUUAUUAAAUAGCAAAUAUCUAAAAGAAUAUCGGUUAGCGGAGCCGCUAGGGUGUAAUAUGCUGGGGAAAGACCAGGUUGUAUUCAGAUUGAUGUUCGUAUAACUUGUCUCUUUGUAAGAGAUUAAAUGUAUUCAACCCCUUUUCAGGGUUUAAAGUUGUAUCUUGUUUUUCUUUGUAUAACUGUGUUCAGUGUGCUUGAGGUGAGACUCAAUCUUCAUUCAUUCUUGAGUUUUAAUCUUGUGAUUAUGAAUGCAUGAUCUUUUUGUAUACUGCGACGACAUGCCCGGGCCUAUACCUCUGCUCCGCAGAACAUUCAAGAUGGAUCCGGUUGUGUCAUUAUCUUUUUACUGGAGAUGUGCGCAUACCUGCACCUCCUUCCUUUAGACUUGACUCUUCAUCUGUUCUCUAACGUUGAACAUUUUAUUUAUUGUGUGUGUGUGUGUGUGUGUGUGGACCUUACACAUGCUGUGUGAUUUGUGCUUAAGUGACAGUUUGUAUUUUUUGUAAAACAUUUCAAUAAAACUAUUUUUACUACACA